AUGGCUGAGGACGAUACUCAACAACGGGGCCGGCGUUCCUCUUCUCAGACCUCGUCCUCCUCCCGACGCAGUCAGAAGACGAAGACCGUCCGUGCCAGUGCCAAACCCCAAAAACGAAAUUCCGCCUCGUCUGAUGCCACCACCACCGACCUGACCUCUUUUCCGUCCCUCUCGCCCGAUCGCUCCCCCGAGGGGUUUAUCGGUCAGCCGGCGUUGAACCGCGGUUUGACCAAUGCUUUGUUGAAUGGAGAAAAUAGGAAUGGUGGUGCCAGUGAUGUGAAUCAUAGUCGCAGGGCUACUCUGGCAAAGCUUACCAGUGCUUUCCCACACAACCCUGGUCGUGCGGCUUUGUUUGAUGAUUCUGUGGCUACUCAUGACUUUCCUGGAGCAUUACACCUAGCUGAUGAUGCGCAUAUCGAGCGUUUGACUACGAGUGUGGGUGCAGUGAAGCUGGUUAGGCAGUUUGCCCGCGAUCUGGCUCAGCGGGAUGCGGAGAUAUCCGCCCUGCGCCAGCGGGCUGAUGCAAGGGAGAGAGAGCUGAAAAGGAUGCUGCGAGAAGUAUCAGUCUCGAACCAGGACAUUGAACGUCGGCUCUAUGUGCUGGAAAAUAAUUCAGAUGGAAACAAAUCCGACCGAGAUAAUGUGAACAACGCAGGCCAGGCGGGACAAUCUGUUUCCCCUCUUAACGGACUAAUGCAACAAGCCAUGGCCGAAGAGGUCGGCGCUCGUCCCCACGAUGAUCUUUUCGACGAUCCAUCCCGCUUCCAGGCUACGGUCCGUGCACGUUUAGAGGGUGACUCCAAAUCAGGCACUUCGAGUGUGGAUUCGGGCAACAAUCGGAAAAAGCAGAAUCCCCGUGGUUGGCAAGGCUUUAUCUUUGGCAGUACGGCGGGCAGCCGGAAAACUAGCCGUGCCAAUAGUGACAUAAGUGACGUGGGAGAACCAAACGAUGAAACAGAGCGUCCACGUAUCCCCAGCAAUCAAUCAGCAGCGACUCGCCGGAAAGCCCUGGAUGAUCAGCUGUUCCAACCUCCGGAUGGCCUGUCUGGUUUUAUCGAAGGCCCUGGGAAACGGCAAAACGGAGACGAUGCUGCGAGCACUCAUUCGCGCAAGUCAUCCAAGUCUCUAUCAUCAUGGGCGGUAAAGAUGUUUGCCGGUAACUCCCAGAACGCUAAAGACGAUGGCAAUGCAGAAGGCCGUCGUAGCAGAGCUUCUUCGUCUGCCGAUCAGGGACCUAAUAAGAGCGGGUCAUCGACGGUCUCCGGGACAGCCAAAGGAAGCACAUCGGCAGUGGCAGCUCUGUCACGAAUCAAUACGAAUACCAAUGCGGCCAGUGGCUCUGGCAGAUCUGUGAGAGGCCCUGAUGAUACCGACAAAAGUUCAACUAACCUUGGUCCCGUCGAAAUGGAUGCCAUUCUUCCCUUGGAGUCUCGACCUCCCACACUUACUCAUACGUACAACAAUUACCAGCCUGGUGACCUUCUCACGGACAGGUUUGGAUUUAUCUACGAUCAACGUCGGAAAAAGAGACAGAGGGAGGCCAGUGCCAGCAAAGGCGGCAAUCGGUUGAGUGUUACCGAGACUCUCAGUAGCUUCCGAAGCGAUGCGUCGGAUGGUGAGGAUGACCAUGACGCUCAGAAGAGAUUAUAUGCGGAGCCCCAACGUUCCCCCACCUUUGAUGAUACGGAAAUCGGGCCUUCUGGGGCACAGAGAUGGCAAGAUUAUUUGAGAAUCCCAUCGAGGCCAACUGAGCUGCUAUCCCACACACCUUCUGCUGGCCCUAUCGUCACACUGGCCACUGCAAGUGACAACCAGUCUCGUAGUUCUGCCGUUGCUGUCGGUAAGAGUGGUUCCGUUUCUGUCAGCUCCAACGCCCGGCCGUCGGCUUCAACAUCUGCAGUUGUCGCAGACCGCCCGGAGUUUGCAGGAACAUCCACUGAUGAACCGACAAAAACGACCAUAAGCGUCGCCGCCAAUGAGAACGAGCCGGUCAAAUUGCUUCUAGAGCAAUUGACAGACCUCCAUGACACGUUACAACGAGAUCGGACGGUCCGAUGGAACGAGUUUUUGCGCAAGGUGCGUGCAGAGCGCAGGAAAGAUGGACAAGUGGCUGCGGCUGCGGCUGCCGCUGCUGACCGACCCUUACAAUCCGUUCAUAUGCCGGAAGCCUCCUUGGCAGAUGGCGAGGUCAUUGGUAUAGCCGGACUGGGAAACAAAGGCAAGGUCGGCCGUGCGAAGUGGCGGGAGUUCCGGUCUUUGGUUCUAGGCGGAAUACCGGUUGCCCUUCGUGCCAAGGUCUGGUCUGAAUGCAGCGGUGCGUCUGCAAUGCGAGUUCCUGGUUAUUACGAUGACCUGGUCAGUGGCGUUGGCGGCUCAGAGCCUGAUGCCUCAGUCGUAGCACAGAUUGACAUGGAUAUCUAUCGGACCCUGACCGACAAUGUUUUCUUCCGCAAAGGUCCGGGAGUUGCGAAGCUUAAGGAGGUUCUCCUGGCAUACUCUCGUCGAAACCAGGAGGUUGGAUACUGUCAGGGCAUGAAUCUCAUUGCCGCUUCUUUACUUCUGAUCAUGCCAACUGCCGAGGACGCUUUUUGGAUUCUCACUUCGAUGAUCGAAAUCAUUCUUCCCCAGCACUAUUAUGACCACGGACUGCUUGCCUCUCGAGCUGAUCAGGUGGUGCUACGACAGUAUAUCACUGAGGUUCUACCUCGAUUGUCGGCACAUCUCGAUGAGCUGGGGAUUGAGCUUGAGGCGCUGACCUUCCAGUGGUUUCUGUCUGUAUUCACCGACUGUUUAUCUGCGGAAGCAUUAUACCGGGUUUGGGACGUGGUUCUUUGCCUCAAUGUCACCAGCACUAUCAAUGCGAACGGCUCUACACCAUCAUCAACAGUUCGCGGAAGCAGCGCCCCCAACACCUCUGCAGCUGAGGAUAUUGCAUCCGGUAGUGGAGGUGGCAGCACAUUCCUCUUCCAAGUUGCUCUUGCCCUUCUGAAGCUGAACGAACAGCAGCUUCUGACUACGUGCUCGACACCUGCCGAGUUGUACACCUACAUCAACCAUCAAAUGACCAACCACGCAAUCAGCAUCGAUGGACUGAUCCAAGCCAGUGAGGGGUUGCGAAAUGUAGUGCGUCGCGAGGAUGUCGUCGCUCGAAGGGUGGUGGCAUUAACAGAGAUGCGGGAAUUCGGUGGACAAAGUCAAGGCGGAAAUGACGCUUAA